AGAUGCCAAGUCAUACUUACAGAUGAAGCACAAAAUAGGUGGAGUGAACUUAAAGGUAAAAAAAAUAUGAUACAGGCGACCCUGAAAUGUGGGAGAUGAACAAAGUUCUGGUGGGCAAAUUAAAUCCAGUUACAUCUGACGACGCACUGAUUAAUUUUUUGGAGCUUGCUGCCGGGUUGGAUGUAAUGAAGGUGGUCAGAGGAUCGGGUCAUGACACUGUGAUAGUUGUGUUUGACAAAAAACCAGAUUUUUCCAAAAUAAUAAAACGGUGCAAUGCCAAAAAACUUGAGGGCAACACAUUGUUUAUACAAAUGGUGGAGAAAUGUAGAUCUGUCUAUGUCCAUGAGAUUGAUGAAAGUAUCACGUAUGACACGAUGGAGAAUUUCUUCUGUAACAAGAGAAGAAGUGGAGGUGGCGAGGUGGAGGAGGUGGAUUACCAUCCAGAAGACGGAUACUGUGUGGUUCUGUUUGAAAAUCCAACAGAUGCAGAGAAUGUGGCUUCAAGAAAAAAGUUUACAAUAAAUGGAAAAGAAAUAAGUGUGCAACUAUUUCAUCCAUGUUUAGGGCUGCCGGAACAGCCAAUUAAUUGGGAAGACUUGCCUACAGUAAUUCAUCCUUGUAGUAAACACCUUUUAAGAUUUUUGAAGUGUUGUGAGGCGGUAGCUAAGGAAAUUGAAAAGACACUGCAACAGAAGUUUAUUCAAGUUGAAUGGCCGAAAUCAAAUUCAGACACAGAUAUCAAGCUGCUAUGUACAUUAACUAAAGAGGUGAAAAAUGGCAGAGGUAUUUUAAAGAAUUGGAAAAAAGAAACCCAAAGAAGUAUGGAAAGCUUGUUGGGCAAGUAUUCAGUUCAAAAACACUCGAUUUUACCAGAAGCAUGGGAUAAUUUCCUAGACAAGUUAAAAACGCUAAAUGUUGAUCAACCAGAAAAAGUAGCUGUUUCAUUAGAAGCCAAACAACAUGUAGUUGUUGUUGUUGGAUUAGAGGAAAAUGCAGAAGCCCUGACAAGAAAAAUCCUAGAUAUUGUGAAAACAGAGGAAUUAAAAAUUAAAACUCAGAAAGAGAAAAUUGCGAAAAAUGUUCCAUUAGAUUUUCACAAAUGUCAGCUUCUUUGGAACACACAGUAUCAUAAGAAGUUCAAGGAAAAAUUUCCAGAUGUUGAUAUGAAUAUUGAGAUUGAUAAAAAAGAAGUAAACUUCUCUGGGAUAUCGAGUGAAGUAAAUGAGGCCAUGAUUAAAAUGCAUGAAUAUUUGAUGAAUACGAAAUCAAAAUCUUUAAGCAUAUCCAAAGGGAGACAUGAAGUGUUUAAAACUAAAGAAGUGAGAGAUCUUUUUCUCGCAGAAAUGAAAGCAAAAAACAACAAAGCUGUAUGGAAUGUUACAGAAGACAAAGUGGAGAUGACAUCAUCAAACAUGAAAAUGGUGGAAGAGGCCUUGAAAGUUUUUGAAGAAUUUAUACCAGAGAUAGUAAUUAAAGUAAAACUGCUUGAAACAGAUUUAUCCAGGUCAGAAUGGCAGGUUUUUUUAAGCCGUUAAGAGAAACACAAGGUGAAAAAUUGUAUAUUUUGUUUUCUUAUUCUGAAAUCCGUAUCACUUCCACAAAGGAUAUUUUUCAGUCUGUAUGUACAAAAGUUGUAAAUGUUUUAGAAAAAUGUUCCAACACAUGUUCUGUUGAAGAGAUUAUUAAGCACGUCUGGAGAAGCAAUAAAGAUAGGAGCAGUGAAUCAUUUGAGGGCCAUGAUGCAAAACUUCUAGAUGAUUAAGACAUAUUUUUAGGAAUUAAUGGUUGAGAUGUGGUAAACAAAUUUAUGGAUCUUGGUGAUGCUUAUAUUUUAAAUAGUCUAAUUCCUCAAAAUAAUAUUUUCUGGUUUGGUGUUUUUAUUUCAUGGUAACAUGUUUUGAAGAUUGUAGAUCAGGAUGUAGAAAUGAAAUA